AUGGAUAUGCUUAAUGAGCAUUUUGAUCUACUUGAUGUUGCAUUGAUAAGGGCUAUACCAUUGGGUGGUAAUCAAAAGGAUGAUUCUUUCGGUUGGCACUUCACGAAAACUGGGCUGUAUACAGUCAAAUCAGGCUACCACACUGCACGUCAUGACGUGGUUCGGACCUUUGCGGCCACUGGUUCUGGCCCGGAAAUUACCCCCCUACUCGCUAGCGUGUGGAGGGUUCGUUGUCCACCUAAUAUCCAGCAUUUUAUGUGGCAGGUUCUAUCUGGUUGUAUUUCGGUUUCGGCAAAUUUGGGACGACGGGGUAUUGCUUGUGAUUUACGGUGCGUACGAUGUGGUACGGAUAUGGAGACAAUAAAUCACGCUAUCUUUGUGUGUCCUCCGGCCCGUCAGGUUUGGGCCCUAGCACAUGUGCCGGUGGGUCCUAAUUUCUUUCCAACAGAAUCAGUAUAUGCAAAUGUUGAUCACUUUUUAGGGCAGCAGAAUCCUGGGGCUCAUGUUGCGGCUUUCCCUUGGCUCAUGUGGUUUAUUUGGAAAGCGAGGAAUGCAUGUGUCUUUGACAAUAUUAUUGAGCGGCCGGAGGAUAUUGUUAGGGUAGCAGAGGGAGAAGCUGCAGCGUGGCAGCAGGCUCAGCUAGAAGAAGAUCAAGUGACCUAUCCCAUUAUCCCAGGUGCUUCGGAGAUACCAGUUAGGGUGGCUACUGCUUCCCUUCCCUUGGUCUAUUCGGGAUACCGAUGUUUUAUAGAUGGCUCUUGGAAAGCAGGGGAUUUGUAUGCAGGUGCUGGAUGGUGUUGUACCUCGGUCCAGACAGCGUUGCCGUUUUUGGGAGCCAAGAAUUUUCGGCGAAGUCUCUCUCCAUUACAUACAGAAGUUGAAGCGUUCGUUUGGGCGAUGCGAUGCAUGAUCGGCCAUGACUUCAGAGAGGUGGCUUUCUAUACCGACUGCUCAGAUUUGGUGAAGAUGGUGUCUUCCCCUUCCGACUGGCCAGCGUUCUCGGCUAUGUUGUACAAAGGUGAUCGUCAAGCUAAUGUCUCGGUAUUGAGUACUACUCUUUUCCACUUUGGUGAAAGAUGA